UACGUCACUACCGGUAGGAUUCAGGACGCCAGGAAGAGCGGAGUGCUUCUUGAUGAAUGGGACUAAUCUGCAAACUUCAUUCAUUCAGAUUACGAAGAAAUUUGUCACUGUUUGCUAAGCAUUACAUUGUAGCUUGCGUUAGUAGCUACAUCCAGUUACAGUGAGGCAUCCUGACUCUUAUUAUGUCCCCUCUCUUUGAAAGGUGUUGGUAAAUAUUUGCGUGGAAGAGGGUGCAGUUGUCUGUUCGGUGCAUACGUCCACCUCCAGCUGCGGCACUGUGUGUGUAUGCAUGCUGAAGAACCCGUGUGAGCCAUGUCAGUAUCAGUGAUCAUAAAAUGGGGAGGUCAGGAGUACUCCAUCAGUUCUCUCUCUGAGGAAGACACAGUGAUGGACCUGAAACAGUCUAUUAAGACUUUGACUGGGGUGCUACCAGAGAGACAGAAACUACUGGGACUCAAGGUCAAAGGGAAGCCUGCAGAAGAUGAGGUGAAGCUGGGCUCUCUGAAGCUGAAGCCAAACACUAAGAUCAUGAUGAUGGGCUCCAGAGAGGAGAGCUUGGAAGAUGUUUUAGCCCCUCCUCCAGAGAAUGAUGAUGUGGUCAAUGAUUUUGACAUCGAGGAGGAGGUUAUUGAAGUGGAGAACAGAGAGGAGAAUCUGGCUAAAAUAGCCCGCAGAGUGAAAGACUAUAAGGUAGAGGAGCUAAACCCCCCCAGGGAAGGGAAGAGGACUUCUGGUACUGAUGUGGACUACACACUGUUUGAUCACAAGUCAUGUGCGGAAACCGGUCAGGAGCUGAUGAGGCCAUAUCUUCAUGAGUUUUUGACAUCAGCCUACGAGGACUAUGACAUUGUAAUUUGGUCUGCAACAAGUAUGAAGUGGAUUGAUGCCAAAAUGAAAGAGCUAGGAGUGACAGACAACCCCAACUACAAAAUAACCUUCAUGUUGGACAGUGCUGCUAUGAUCACAGUACACCCUAAGAGAGGGGUUGUAGAGGUGAAGCCCUUAGGCGUGAUAUGGGAGUACGGAGAGUUUUACAACCGGAAGAACACCAUUAUGUUUGAUGACAUCGGCCGCAACUUCCUCAUGAAUCCACAGAAUGGACUAAAGAUCCGACCCUUCAUGAAGGCCCAUCUGAACAGGGAGAAGGAUAGGGAGCUGUAUAAACUGGCUCAAUACCUCAAAGAAAUUGCCAAGCUUGAUGACCUUCACGACCUCAAUCACAAACACUGGGAGAGGUAUCUAUCUAAGAGGCAGCACCAUUGAGAAGAGACUGAAUGAAGCCUUGGUCCUUCCCAUCUGCCACUUCUCAAACACAGAUAUACUUACACAUACAUACAGUAUGCACACACAAAUUUGGCAAGUCCUUGAUUCCAAGCCUUACGGUAAACUCUACACUAAUCCUGCAGUUAUCAACUCUCCAAGGCUCAGGACUGACAUGGGCUUCCCCAUUUAUACAUUUGCAUGUUCUCUGUCUCUUCCAAGUCUCACAUAUUUUUUUUUUACAAGAAAGAGCAGUAUGUGCAUUAUAAACAUUAAAAUACACCUACCUGUGCGUAUCUGAACAAGUCACAGAUUUGCUGCCACAUGCCAUCAUAAACCACAAACUCCAAGAUAAAAGAGUCUGAUUUGUUUGAGUUAUGUGGUUACACAUAUGGGUAGCAUUUACAUUAUCUGACAGUACUGGAAGCUGCUCAUUGGCGUACUUCAACGCAUUGUCUGUGUGCAACUAUUUGUUAUACCAAGCAAGGAAAAACAGUUACAUAAUCUAGUUAAAGCCAAUAAGUGGUGUCCAUUAAAAAGCCAAUAAAUCUAAUUUGAUGACAAAGAAAAAUGAUGACCAUUACAGUAUUCAACAAGAAAACAAUGAGUGAAAACACUUAAGCAGUAACAAUCCAUAAUUCAAUUGAAAAUCUGGUAAAUCAUGUUCCUGUUUAAGAAUUGAUGUGGAAAAAAUACAGAUGUUGAAGAUGUGCAACAUUAGUUAUUUGACAUCAUGAUCUGCAGUUAUCUGUAAAGUGAAUACAACACAAAUGGUAAUUGAAAAUUAUGAAAACAAUUGGCAUUGAUACAUUUUGUUAUAUUUUCUGUGUCAAGUUAUCCUGGACGGUUGGAUCUGUGGAUCCGGUAGCUGAACAGAAGUCGUUUUGUGGGUUUUUUUGUGCAUUGUAUUGUUACGUAUCAAGUCUGCUGCAUCUCUACACAUGCAACCUCAGAUGCCAAAAGGAGUCAUUUAUAUUUUUUGAUGCAAAGUUUGUUUAGUUUGGAGAGAUUAUUGAAUUGUUUUGGUCAAUGCAGACAUUAAUGAAGUAUUUAUGAGGGAUAAUGAUAGGAAAGCAAGAAACUGACAGCACAGCACAUGUGCACCCCCUCCCUACUUUUUGUAGCAUUUAAAAAUAAUAGGUCUGCACAUAAUGAUGAUGACCAACACUGAUUAAUAGAUGAGGAUGAUGAAGAGGAAGUGUUGAGGGAAGGUGUUCUCAGUAGUCUCCUAACAUUUUUUUUUCUUCAGAUUUUGUCAGGUUUACAGGGCUCUUGAGCUUUGUGUGACUUUAUUUUAUUUUAUUAUGUUCUUUUUUUUUUUUAAAUCAGCCUGUUAUGUGUUAUGUUUUCCUAGCCACAUCCCUGACAUCUUGGCUGUAAAUAUGACAAUAAACCUUUUUUGUAACUAAAGUA